AUGUGGCUCUUUGCUCUGGUCCUGGUCUCCCUGGCCACUUCCACAGCUUGGGCAGGACACCCAUCCUCACCGCCUGUUGUGGACACCGUGCAGGGCAAGGUCCUGGGGAAGUACGUCAGCUUAGAAGGAUUUGCACAGCCCGUGGCCGUUUUCCUGGGCGUCCCUUUUGCCAAGCCCCCUCUUGGACCCCUGAGGUUCGCUCCGCCGCAGCCUGCAGAACCAUGGCACUUCGUGAAGAACACCACCUCCUACCCUCCUAUGUGCUCCCAAGACCCUGUGGCAGGGAAGAUGGCCACAGACCUCGAUACCAACAGAAGGGAGAAAAUUCCUUUCAAGUUUUCUGAAGACUGUCUUUACCUAAAUAUUUACACUCCUGCUGACUUGACGAAGAAAAGCAGGCUGCCAGUGAUGGUGUGGAUCCACGGAGGUGGUCUGCUGCUGGGCGGGGCAUCAAGUUAUGAUGGGCUGUUCCUCUCUGCCCAUGAAAACGUGGUGAUGGUGACCAUUCAGUACCGCCUGGGCAUCUGGGGAUUCUUCAGCACAGGGGAUGAACACAGCCGGGGAAACUGGGGUCAUUUGGACCAGGUGGCCGCACUGCACUGGGUCCAGGAGAACAUUGCCAACUUUGGAGGGGACCCAGGCUCCGUGACCAUCUUUGGACAGUCAGCGGGAGGUGAAAGUGUCUCUGUUCUUGUGUUAUCUCCACUGGCCAAGAACCUCUUCCACCGGGCCAUCUCUGAGAGUGGCGUGGCCUUCAGUGCUGCCCUGGUCAAGAGGGACUUGAAGGCCGCAGCUCAGGUAGGUCUACACUGGACCACCCCUGCACCCUUUGCUCUGCUCUUCUGGAGUCUUUAG